AUGUCAUUAUUCAAGCGCCUGUUGAACCGAGGCACAGAGGAUGCUAAAUCUCCAGGGAUGCCUCCUGGAACCCAAGCUGUGGGUGUCCAGCUACAACGUCGGUUUACCAGAGGAGUCCAGUACAACAUGAAAAUUGUCAUCCGAGGUGAUAAUAAUGUUGGAAAGACCUGUCUGUUUCAACGAAUUCAAGGGCAGAAGUUCAAGGAAGAAUAUGUCCCCACAGAGGAAAUUCAGGUGACAUCAAUUCAGUGGAACUACAAUGCUACUAAUGAUGUUGUGAAGGUAGAGGUUUGGGAUGUCACUGAUAAGGGAAAGAAGAGACGCAAAAUGCCUGGAUUGAAAAUGGACAACAGUGAAAUUAUGGAUGCAGAAGAGCCAGAUCUGGACUCAGAGCCUGUGGAUGUCUACAAGGGAGCUCAUGGAGUGGUUUUUGUCUUUGAUAUCACCAAACAGUGGACUUUCACCUAUGUAGAACGAGAGAUGGAGAAAGUCCCCAGUCACCUCCCUGUGUUGAUCCUAGGAAACCACAGAGACAUGGGACAUCACAGGAGUGUAACGGAGGAAAGAGCCCGUUAUUUCGUUGAACAGUGCCUGGCAGACAGGCAUGAAGGCUGUGGGAAAAUCAGAUAUGCUGAGUCAUCUAUGAGAAAUGGAUUUGGCUUGAAAUAUCUGUAUGCCUUUUUCAACCUUCCUUUUCUACAACUCCAGAGGGACAGACUGCUGAGCCAGCUUGAGACAAACACAAAUGAUAUUGUAUCCACUGUUGAAGAAUUAGUCAUACACAAGGACUCUGAGGAGCAGAAUUAUGAUAUGUAUCUACAGUUCCUUGCUCAGCAGAGGCGAGAGCUACAGGACAAACUAUCAGAAGAUGCAGCUUCCACACAGGAAAGACCUGUGACAUCAGCAGCCAUGGUUGGAUCUUCACCAAUAAACACAAGUAAUUGUCAGAUGUUCACCUCACAGUCCCACAUUGUCACCUCACCAUCCCAGUCACCUUCAUCUGGCAGUCAUCAAGUUGAGAGGUCAGGCGAAAGUAGCCAGAGCUUGCACCAGCUGGAGCAUACCGUCCCAUCAGCCAGAGGCAGCCUGCCUGAAACCAGCACACCUGCAACUACACCACAGACUGAAAGUCAGGGGAUGGGCAUUUUCUCCAGAUUUUUUAAGAAGAACAGAAGUGUUGAAACCUCAGUGUCUCCUCCUAUGACUCUGAAUUUUUCUGCCAGUGAAGCUUCCCAGACAGUAAAGAAUGUGGAUGACUUUGUUCCCGAUGCGGAUGGUGUUGAUAGUGGAUUUCUGGAUGAUUCCAGAGAGUUGCCAGGGACAGAAGAUGAAAGUGUGAACGAGAUGGUGACGGUUCCACAUGACGACUUGGACUCUGGGGAUGAGACGGCAAGCUCUGCAGGAGGAGCUAUUACCUCAAAAAGGCAGAACACUCCCUCAGAAACACUGUCAAAUAACACAGCUGCUGACACUACCAGCAGAGAUUCAGCUUCCCUUCGCAGUAAUGGGAGUGAUGAUGUGCCUGGUGCUGCUACUCCUGCAGUUAGGCCACAUGCUGAUCUCUCCAGUGAUGAAGAAGUAGCCACAACACCAACAUUGACUGUCUCUCCAGUGCAGAACUUGGCUACACAUAAAUCAAUAACUUCACCGUUUCCACCAUCACAGAAGAAAACUACGCUCAUCUCGGCAGCAGAUGUUGAAGUCACUGACUCAGAUGAUGAGAUCACCAAACAUCCGGACCAGAAAUUGAACACCAAUAAAUUAAUGUCCAAGUCUUUAUCCCGGCAUGCACAGAAGUUGGUGAACAGCACCAGUAGCCAUUAUGAUGCAGCAGACGACUUUACCCAGUCAAAGGUUAAGGUCACCAGAAACAGUGAGGGCAUAAUUCCCCCAGGCAGACGUGAAGAAGCUCUUGAUGCCAGUACCACACUGAAAAUAACUAAACCAACCCAGGAAGCUGUCACUGAUUGGUCAAGCCAGGCUGUGAAAAAG